GUGAACAGCAUUCCCGCUCUGCGUGCCUGAAAACUGAGUUUACUCCACUCCGCGUGGCUGCAGUCUGCGGAUAACACAUGCGUGCCGAGGCAAACUUAAGCUGUGGGUGACAUUAACAGCUGAGGCGAGCAAAGUGUACAUCUUUUCUUAAAUCUUACUAAUCACAAAAUAAUGAAGGGAUUUUAGUAAAAGUACAGAUUGAAGAAUACAUUAGUUUUUCUAUUUUUGCUGAUCUGGAUUUGCUCAGGAGUGGCAACGGCUGACAUAAGGGGCAAUAGGGAAGACCCCAAUCCUUCCCAAUUGAGGAUUUACUCAACUGCUUGGAUCUGAACUUUUCAGUAACCUGCAGCAUUUUCUGGUUUAGUUUGGAUCUGCUUCAGGGAUAAAUGAUCACCUCAACCAGAAGAGUGUCUCCUGAUAAAUCUGAAGUUAGAAUAGCCUUCAGCCUCGAUGACACAUCAGAUAUAAAAGAUGUGGAAGAUCUGUCACAGGCCUUCCCUGACCUUGAACAACGUUUAGAGCCUGUGCCACCUUGCAUGUCCCUAAGAGAGAGCGUUCAGGUGUACAAAGAGCACUGCAGGAUGGCCAGAGAGUUCCAUCAUGUAAAACACGAGAUCUCUGUCCUCGAGGAACGCAAGCGAAAGUUGCUGGCGGAGUUGGUGGAAGAUGAGAAGGUAGCUGUAGAGAUCGCCCGUCUCGAGGAGGAGUUUCAGCGCUUAACAGAGGAGAACCACACAUUGGUGACCCUCCACAGUGAGCGCAGGCAGCAGCUGGAGAGGCUUUGCCUCACCAAUCGAACAAGGCAAGACUCCUCUUGACCUCCGACCUCCCAGAAACUGAGUCUACCAGACUUUCAGCUGACAGCAGACCAGCGACCAGCAGACUGUUUUCAUGUGCAGUCUUUGAAUUGUCUAAUUACACUGACAGGACCUGUUUCUGUGGAUGAUCUGAGUCAUUUAUGUGAACCUCAGAUGUACACUUGUCAUCACUGAGAAGUUGUUAGAGUGAUUCUAAUCAGCAAUGAUAGAUUUUUAGGGUGCUGUUUUAUUGUUUUUUUUAUUUGCUGAGCCAUACUGGUCAUAAUAACAGAACAAUGUAUUGCAACAGUAUUUAUAUCAUGUGAACUUUUUUACAUUUAGUCACAUCAUAAUUGCAAAAUUCAAUAUAUUUUAUUUAAACUUUAAGUGAUAGAUCAACCUAUUCGAAUUGCACUCAAUCUAAUUCACUUUCACAGCCCUAAACAACAUGCAGUUGGCUUCAGGUGUCACCUAAUCAGUAAAUUGCAGUCAAUCUGUGUAAUGUGCUUUUUAUUCAAUCUCUCUGAAUCAACUUUUUUUUUUUUAAAUAAUUCUUCAGUGCAAUUAAAAUUGUAAGUCAUUUGGGUCUCUUUGGAGAUGUUGAGUGUAUUUUACCAAUCAAAAUAGUUCCUAUUGGAUCCACCUGGAUUCAGAUCUGCACUUUGACUAGGACCUUCUAAAACAUAACCAUGCUUUUAUCUAAACAUUUCCCUCUUUGCUUAGAUUGUAUGUUUAAGUUUUUUGCAGCAUCUAGUAUGAUUUAUUUUUAUUUUUUGCUCUGUUUUGAGUUCCAAAGAAAACCCAUACAAAAGGAAGACACUGCCAACACCUUGUUUCACAGUGGAGAGUGGACAUGGUGUGUUGAGGUUGAUUUGUUUCUUAAUCAUAUAGUGUACAUACAAUGUAUGCCAAAAGGUUGUAUUACAGUCUCAUCUGACAAGAACAGGUUCUUAUACAAAUUUACUGUCCCUCCAAAUGAUCUGUGAAACUUCAAUGACUCUCUAAAAACAAUAGUUUUCUUUCCACCAUAAAAAGUCAUACUUUUAAUUUUUUGAUUUCUAAAAACAAUGUUCAAACUGUGCAUCAGUUUCCUUACUUUUCAUAACUAUGAGCUGCUUUCAGUUGGUCAGUCACAUAAAAUCCCAGUAAAAUAUAUUGAAUUUUGUUACUGGAACAUGACAAAUGUAAAAAAAAUUUAAAAAACUUUAUGAGUUCAAACUACUUAUGCAGAUUGAGUGACUGUGACCUGAUGUGGUAAACCAAAUUCAGGUCUUGUGGAAAGUCAGAUGCUUCAUCUAAGGGAGCAAAAUGGACCAUUUUGGCUAUGGUCCAAAAUGUUAUCACAAAUUUCAGUGUUAAAAACUCUGUGAGGGAAAUUAAAUUACCAAACUCUUUGGAAGGAAUUAUAAGAAUAAAAAAUAAUCUAUUAGUAGUAUCUGCUGUCAGAGUUGUAAAUUAUCAUUUACAUUUUGUGAUCAGUGGUGUAAGUGGAAUAGUGUUAUCCUGUAAAUAGGAAAGUAAACAACAUUAACUGCUGUUUUUUUUUCCUCUAAUAAUAAAAAGACAUUUUAUUG